CUCCUCACCCGCUCGCCGCCUCACAACCGGAGCCGCUGAGAUCCCAUAUCGCCUUCCCGACUCCGGAGGGGCCGAGCCCAAACAGAGGGAGCCUCUAUCCUCCAGCGCGGUGCCCAGGACCAGAGCCUCUCCCCGGGCCCGCCGCCCCUCCGCAGCCCCCCCCCCGGGCCCCCUCCUCAGCCAUGUACUCCGCCGGCCUGGAGAUCCUGGGCAUGAUCCUGGCCGUGGCCGGCUGGCUCGGCGUCAUGGUGACGUGCGGCAUGCCCAUGUGGCGGGUGGCGGCCUACGUGGGCCAGAACAUUGUCAUCUCCCAGGUGAUCUGGGAGGGCCUGUGGAUGAACUGCUCCGUGCAGAGCACCGGCCAGAUGCACUGCAAGGUGCACGACUCCAUGCUGGGGCUGCCGGUGGACCUGCAGGCCGCGCGUGCCCUGGUCGUCGUCUCCCUGGUGAUGUGCGUGGCGGGCGUCGGCCUGUCCACCGCCGGCGCCAAGUGCACCAACUGCAGCGCCGACACGGCCAGCAAGCCCCGGCUGGUGGUGACGGCCGGGGUGACCUUCCUGCUGGCGGGGACUCUCCUGAUGGUGGCCGUGUCCUGGACGGCCAACGCCAUCGUGGUGGACUUCUACGACCCCAUGCUGGAGGAGACGGGCAAGAGGGAGUUCGGCAACGCGCUCUACUUCGGCUGGGCCGCGUCCUGCCUGCUGGUCCUGGGGGGUGCGCUGCUCUGCUGCUCCUGCCCCCCCAGGCCGUCCGGAGCGGCCGGCAGCGGAGGAGGCGUCAAGCCCCACGCCCGGGCGGCGGCGGCGACGGCGAACUACUCGGCUGUCAAGACGGCGUCCGUCAACGGUUACACCAGGAGGGACUAUGUGUGAAUGGGGGGGGAUGCUAGCUUAGUCCUCGGCCCCCCCCCCCCCCCCCCCCCCUACACACUUCCAGAGGUAGAUGCAGGUGAAGGCUUCACUGGGGGGGUUGCCGACGUGAUGAGCGGGGGAGAGGGAGUAGAUUGAUCGGAGGUGGAGUAGAGAGUGUGGAUGAUGGGGGGGCUGAAUGAACAGGUGGACUGGAUGGAUGGAUGGAUUGUGCAGGCAGCACUUGUCACCUACCCGUGAGGAACCCAUGGUUUGUACAUUCUGCUCUCCCUCUUUUUCUUGUAAUGCUGGUAUGUAAAUAGAUAAAAAUAGGAUUAAAAAAAGUAUAACAUUUAUUAUCUAGCUACAAAAGUAAACAGUGUUCCCCUUCCUGGAGAUUUUUUUAA